AAAAGAAUAAGGGAACACUUGAUCGGUAUACUCGAAAUCGAGUGGUAGCUUUUUGGAAUGAAUCGCAAGAAGAGAGUAACCAUGAAUUACUGGCAUGUUCGACAGCUCUUCAAAUUCUUCACACCCUUACCAAGUUACAAGAACAGUGGCAACAAUGUUCCUAUCAAAACUUGAACGUUGUCUUGUCUGUGAAUAGUGGAGAAUUACUUUCUGGAAAUAUUGGAACCAGUACUCGAUUGAAUUUCACAGUGUUUGGGGAUGCAGUGAAUAUAACUGCUGGUUUGGUUAGUUUGAACAGAAAAUUUCAAACACGAGUCUUAUUGGACAACAAACGUUUGAAAAAGUCAAAAAUCACAUGGUUUGCUAUUUUGUAG